AUGUCCUCGUUUCAAGCCCUCCGAACACAGUAUGCCUCACUACUGAAGCGGUUUCUAUCCUCGACCAAAGACUUCGAGGUCCUAACAACAAUCCCACCCGACCACUCCGCAGAAUCAGAGACCCUCUAUGUCUUAGACUCGUCCUUCAAUCCCCCCACCCGCGCCCACCUCCGCAUUGUCAGCACGGCACUUCUAGAAAACCCCCGACCCCGCCCUCGCGUCCUCCUUCUUCUCGCCACGCAGAAUGCAGACAAGCCAUCCAAGCCAGCCUCCUUCGAGGAUCGGCUCGUGAUGAUGGAGCUGUUCGCUCGGGAUCUCCGCGCCCACCUCGCAUCAGCACCGGCCUUCGCCGCCUCAGGCUUCACAAACGCUAUCGAAACUCUCCCGUUGAUCGAUAUCGGCGUCACGAAAAAGCCCUAUUUCGUCGAUAAGGCGGCUGCCAUCGAGGUGUCGGAUUCUUACCCAGUGCCGCUGGAACAGGUCCAUCUUACGGGUUACGAUACUUUGAUCCGCAUCUUCGAUUCCAAGUAUUAUCCGCCCGAACAUACCUUGAAGCCUCUGGGGCCUUUCUUGUCAAAGCACCGGCUGCGUGUGACUAUGCGGCCGAGCGAUGAGUGGGGUGGGAAAGAGGAGCAGCUGGGAUAUGUGGCGGCCCUUGCUAGAGGUGACCGAGAUGGCGAGGGUGCGCGUAGGGAAUGGGCCGAGCGGAUUCAGCUUGUCGAGGGUCGUCUGCCCACUGACCAACCCGUGAGUUCAACUAGAGCCCGCGAGGCGUUGCAAUCGGCUCCCCAGGACUUGGAGUGGCUGGUUUCUGAACAGGUGCGGCAGUUUGUGCUGUCGGAACACCCGUAUUCUGGAAACUCCAAAGUGUAG